CUCGCGACAGCUUACAAGCAAGUGGGCGACAUAUAGUACAUCGCAAUACCUGCGCACUACACAGUUUCUACGCUUCCAAAGACCACAAUCUCACCUCCCAGCUGGCAGAGCAAUGUCGGCCAUCAAGCCUAAGACCGCGCCUCCUCCCACAGCCCACGUCCUCCUCUCGUACCCGGCCGAUUAUGUCCUGCUUGUCACUAUUAACCGCGAGAAGCAGAUGAACAGCAUCCCAUAUGCGGGACAUCAGGAGAUGGGCCAGGUGUUCGAUUGGUUCGACGGGGAAGAUAAUCUGCGGUGUGCCAUCAUCACAGGUGCUGGCAAGAAGAGCUUCUGUGCUGGACAGGACUUGAUUGAGCUGGGAAGGAUUAGAAGCGGGAAGAACGACAUGAAUCCAGCCUUGAUGAGGCAUCCGCUGGGCGGUUUUGCCGGUCUGAGCAGGAGAGCUGGCAAGAAGCCAGUCAUUGCUGCUGUCAAUGGCUUCGCCUUUGGAGGAGGCUUCGAGAUCGUGCUUGGCUGUGAUAUGGCAGUUGCCGCACCGGGUGCGACUUUUGGUCUUCCAGAAGCGCUACGAGGCAUAUUUGCGGGUGCUGGAGGUCCAGCGCGCUUGGUCCGCAUCGUUGGCUUGCCGGUUGCUUCUGAAAUGGCUCUGACCGGCACACCCAUCACUGCUCAGCGAGCGAAGGAGUUGAACAUAAUUAAUCGCAUAUCGCCUUCGCAAGACACCGUUGUCGAAGAGGCGUUGAAGCUUGCGAAGGAGAUUGCCGCAAUUUCUCCGGAUGCAGCGAUUGUGACACGGGCAGCACUGAAGGAUAGCCUCGAGCAUGGAAGUGUUGAGCGUGCUACACAGCUCACGCUCGAGCGAUACAGCCAUGCAUUGCACUCCGGUGAGAAUGCUCUUGAAGGUUUGACCGCCUUUGCGCAGAAGAGAAUGCCGGAAUGGAAGCCCUCGAAACUAUAGGCAUUUCGAGAGCGAUAAAUGGACUUUACUUGACGCGCCACUUAACUUGAAAUGUUUUUCCUCAAAUUACCUUUCGAACAUAGUCACGCUCCAAAUACGGUUAGCAAAUUGACCGUCGAGAUUUCGCC